AUGAGUGCAGUGGCGGCCGCUCUUCCGCUCUUCGCCAGAGGAGGAAGCCUCAGCGGCGCCGCUGUCAAGCGUGUGGCUCUUAGCUGUAUUGAUCCCAAGAGAUUGAGUGUAAUAGGGGACAGUUUGAUUGAAGAAGAAAUUCUGAGAUUGCUCGAAGAAUUUGGAUCAGAAAUUGACGAUGAUUGUCUUGAAAUUGACGACAGUAUUUCUGAAACAGAGAAUAAAUACAAAGAUCAGACGUCAGCCAGAAGAGGAGGCUGCCCCAGAGAGGAGAGGAAGAGGGAGAAGAGGAAGAGGAAGAGGGAGAAGGAGAAGAGGAAGAGGAAGAGGAAGAAGAAGAGGGAGAGGGAGAGGGAGAGGGAGAGGGAGAGGGAGAGGGAGAGGGAGAGGGAGAGGGAGAGGGAGAGGGAGAGGGAGAGGGAGAGGGAGAGGGAGAGGGAGUGGGAGAGGGAGAGGGAGAGGGAGAGGGAGAGGGAGAGGGAGAGGGAGAGGGAGAGGGAGAGGGAGAGGGAGAGGGAGAGGGAGAGGGAGAGGGAGAGGGAGAGGGAGAGGGAGAGGGAGAGGGAGAGGGAGAGGGAGAGGGAGAGGGAGAGGGAGAGGGAGAGGGAGAGGAGAGGAGAGGAGAGGAGAGGAGAGGAGAGAGGAGAGGAGAGGAGAGGAGAGGAGAGGAGAGGAGAGGAGAGGAGAGGAGAGGAGAGGAGAGGAGAGGAGAGGAGAGGAGAGGAGAGGAGAGGAGAGGAGAGGAGAGGAGAGGAGAGGAGAGGAGAGGAGAGGAGAGGAGAGGAGAGGAGAGGAGAGGAGAGGAGAGGAGAGGAGAGGAGAGGAGAGGAGGCCCUGCCCAUCUUGGCUCAGUCCAUUGUGGUCCCGAGAGAACAGGGGAGAGGAGGCCUGACUCUGGAGCAGAGAUGA